UCUGAAAAAAGGAGUUUAUGGAAGCGACUGCAAUAUCCCCUGUCCGGAAAAUUGCCAACAUCAGAGAUGUUAUGUAGUGAAUGGAAGCUGUAUUGAAUGUAAAUCUGGAUGGACCGGACAUAUCUGUGCAAGAAAGUGCUCUGAAGGAUGGUUUGGACUCGGUUGCACAUACCAGUGUGUAGGACAUUGUAUUAACAACGACUACUGUAAUCACAUUUCUGGUUUAUGUGAUGGCGGAUGUGCACCAGGAUGGACUGGACCUAAGUGCGAUAAAGAAUGUGAAAAUGGGAUGUAUGGAAUAGACUGCGUACACAAUUGCAGUGGACAUUGUUAUAAUAAUUCCUAUUGCAACAAAAUAUCAGGUCACUGUGACACAGGUUGUGGUCCAGGGUACAUUGGGACCUUCUGUGAGAAAUCCUGUGCCCCGAGAAGAUUUGGUAACUUAUGCAAAGAAACUUGCAGCGGUCACUGUGUAAAUAACAUGAUGUGUAAUCAUGUUGAUGGAGUCUGCACGCAGGGUUGUAAUGACGGUUACAUUGAAGAAAUGUGCAACAAACCGUGUGAGGUGGGCUAUUUUGGGUCGCGAUGUUCUCGGAAAUGUUCGGUAAAUUGCAUCAAUGAAUCCGUUUGUAAGAAUACUGAUGGAGCUUGUCGAUGUGCGCCUGGCUGGAAAGGGUCACCACUUUGCAACAUAGAAUGUUCCCAAGCAUAUGGUGAGAACUGUCAAACUCCCUGCAGUGAAAACUGUGUGAACCGCACCUGUGACAGAUUCAAUGGAAGUUGUUUGACUGGAUGUAGGGAUGGAACUUUUGGAGAAAAAUGUGAUCAAUGGAGAAUAGCAUCAAGUGGCGAUUCAGGAUCCCCUCUUACAUCUGUUGUGAUUGUUGUUGUUUCAACAGUUUUCAUCAUCCUUGCUGCCGUCGUUAUCUUCUCUAUACGGCGAAAGAUUGUACAAAACUUCAAAACAAGCAAGAAAUGUUCUGAGAAUAACGGCACUGAAAGCAUUGAAGAUGUCUCAGAGAACGUAAAUGAAUAUCAGGAAUUAACUGUCGCUAGAGAUAACAAUGAAUAUCAAAGCAUACGAAUGUCAGAGGUUACCUCAGUUGAACAAAGCAACACGUAUCAGAACCUUGUCUUGACUACACUGUAGUUUUUUAAACGAUGUUUUACUUCCUUGUAUUCAUUAUAGACCAGUAUUUCCAUCAGAAGUCCCAGGGGCGAAAGAUUUUGGUUUUCGCAUUUCGUCAAAAUCCAUUUAGUUUACAAUAUAUUUUGUUCCAAUAAUUUUUUCGGCAUCUUAUACCUGAAAA